AUGCCCAACCUCGAACGCCUGCAACUUCCCCUUCGCCCGAGCGAGCACUCGCUCGCGGCCCACAUCGCUGCACUCGACCUCCUGGCCGCGCGUCUGGAUGCCCUGCCUACCCGCUCGCGCUGGGCGGCGCGCGUGCCCCUGAACUCAAAGGCUAGCUUUGAGGGCGACAUUGUACACACGAACGAGGUCAAGGUCAACGUCGCCGGCGACUGGUGGGUCGAGAUGUCAGCACACGAGGCAGGCGACUGGAUCCGGAACCGGAAAGCGACCAUGCUUGAGGAGCAUGCUCGUGCCACUGAGGGACAAGCUGUGCAGCCCAACAAGGAGGAGCAGCCCAAUGUAGCAGCUGGCCAGCGCGUCCUACGUACCAAAGAUAUUACCUUUGAUCCCUUGCUGGGAACUCCACCCCAUCUUCCACAGCCCCAGCAGCAGCCCACCCCAGGAACACCGGCCAAGGCCUCGGCAAAAGCGGAGCCCACCAUGGCGCUUGUCAGUGAGGGUAAACAAGUAGACGUCCCGGAGUCGUUACAGAGCCUUGUCGACCUCGUCGGCGAACAUCUCCAGAACAAACUCCGCAUCCCAAAUGGCGAAUCUACGGUGAAUGAAGCCGGCGAACCGAUCUACGAGAUCCGCGAGGACACGGACGGGCGUUCUUUGGCUCCGAUGCCCGAGAGUAAGGGCGAGGGAUCCAUUGAAAUGCCGGAGAACGAGGACGCGAGGUACUUCUCGUCCGAAGCGGUGGAGCGGCGGGCCGCGCUGCGCCGACGCAUCUUCCAGGAGGGGAACUCGGACGAUGAGGACGACGACAUGGAUGUGGACAAUGUGGACAAGGACAAGGACGGAAUGGAUGUCGACGAUGACGAGACUCCCAAGGCUUCUCAACCCGCCAACAGGCUCCCGACGCCUCCCCAAGCUUCCACUCAACCUACCUUCCAGCCUACCUUCCAUUCCACCCUGCAAGCCACGCAGAUCGGCGACCUCGUCUCCCCGACAACACCAACGCAGGCUUCCAUCGCGUCGUUCCCCACUUCACCCGCCCGCGGCCCGCCCAAGGGCAUCUUAAAGCAGCCGAUGCGCAAGAAGAGCGUGUCGUUCGAUGAAAGCGUGCCCAUUCCACCUGACACACCGCCGCCACGCCGCCACGGAUUCCCUCUCGACCAGAUGAUCGCGAGCACACGCCCCGUUGACGCCCAAGGCCUCCCGACAAAGCAAGUGCCUACGCUCAAGAUGCCGCACCCGGGACGGCGGGCGGCGCCGCAGACGUUUGGCGGACUGCGGACAGGGUUCCUCGGUUCGACACCGAUCCUCAGUCUCGCCCCGCAGGUGGAGAGUAGCCGCGCGGCCAUGACGCAACCCGAGCCCCGGGAGUUGUCGGAGCUUGAGAUUGCGCGCAAGGAGGAGGAGAAGGCGCAGGCCAAGCUCAAGGAGGAGAAGGAGAAGAUGGCCCAGGCCAAGCCUGCUGUGCAGAUGCAGGUCGAGGAGAAGCCGCCGGCGGCGGCGGCGGCGGCGGCGGCGGGACCGAAGCCGAUCCCACUGAUGGAGACGAAGCCGACGGCGGCCAAGCACGAGAAGACGGAUAUGGACGUUGACGAGCCGCCAGCCAAGAUUCAGAAGACGGACGACCGACCGAAAAAGAAGAGCCUGUUCGCGCAGCGCCGCACCCCCAACUUCCCGAAGCAGAGCGAGACAGUGCCAAUGGUGACGAUGAAGGGGUCCGUCGUUGAGGCGCCUCCUGCGCAGCGGCAGACGGGCGUGCCGCCAACCGUCGGCACAUCUUCGUCACAGACGCCCAUGGUGAUCGUGGAUGACGACGAUGACGAUGACGAGGAUUAUGGCGAUCUUGGCGAGUUCUCCGACGACGAGGAGGACGAGUACGCGCUCGAUGAAGCACUCCUCGCCAGAGAGGUGGCGCUCGAGUAUCACCGCCGGCAGGCGUGGCAGCGGCCCAUCGACGAAGAUGAGGUCGACACCGAGGCGGCCGGAGCCGAGGCCGUGCUGGGUAUUCCCCGCGUCUCAACAAUCUCAGGGCAGGGCGAGGACCUGCGUAUCGUCAACCCCACAGCUGACGACCUGAGUCAGUUCCUCCGCGUUGGGCGAUCCGACGAUGGCGAGCUCGUGUUUGAGCAGCCUCUUGUGCACUCCGGCAGCGAGAGUGAUGGGGAGGACGACAGCCCCACGGCGGUGGAUCGACGCCAGCGCCGAACGAGGCGGAAGGAUGUUAUGGCCCGCCUUCUCCGUGGCGAGUACGAGGAGCUGCCCGCGCCUCCAACGUCUGCGCCCGGUCUGCGCGCGGAGCAGUAUACCGAGUCUCUGCCGCCUAGUGUUGGCGCUGUCCCCAAGAUUGAGGAAAUCGCGACUCCUUCCGUCUCUUCCACUGCCACUCCUGCACCGGCCACUACCGCCCCGCCUCCCGCACCCAAGCAGCCACCACCGACGCGCGACGUCGUCGAACGGACUGCGUCCGAUGCCCCGUCUGCACCGGCACCGCCGAAGAAGGUGUCGCGGUUCAAGGCUGCGCGGAUGCAGUCGUAG